CAUUUUGACGUCAGCGUAAAUAUCCGGUAUUAGCUCGACAAAGUAUCCUUACAUUUCUGUGCUAUCUUUGGCAACAUCAUGGAGUUGUUUCUUUCUGGUCCACUUCUUCAUUUUUGCAGCGCUUAUUUUCCUACUGGAGCAUCUGUUCGUGAUCUAGUUGAUAUUUUUACGAAAGAAAAGGGAAUCCCAUCAUCGGAUCUCUAUGUCAAGAAUAAUGGACGACUAUCAGAGCUUGAUGAGAAAUUGCAGGCUGGAGCGGUGUAUCGACUGGAGCCUCGUCUCUGUGGAGGGAAAGGAGGCUUUGGGUCUAUGCUUAGGGCUCUUGGGGCACAAAUUGAGAAGACCACAAACCGCGAAGCCUGCAGAGACCUAAGCGGAAGGAGACUAAGAGAUGUCAACCAUGAGAAAGAGAUGGCAGAGUGGCUUAAGAAGCAGGCAGACCGCGAGGCAGAGAAAGAGCAAAGGCGUCUGGACAGACUGCAGAGGAAGCUGGCCGAGCCCAAGCAUCACUUUACAGACCCGGAGUACGAGAAGCAGUGCCACGAUCUCUCAGAACGCCUGGAGGACUCCGUUUUAAAAGGAAUGCAAGCCUCUUCCAGUGGACUAGUGAAAGUAGACGAGGCACCGAAACGCAAAAAGCCACCUCCAAACAAAGGCCAAGGGAAAAGCAAGAAGAAAUGCUUUUGGACGGGUGUUGGUGGCCUGGAUGACCUCGACAGCUCUGAGGAUGACGACGAUGCAAGCGACAGCGGGAACUCUCCCUCCACAUCUGCUUCCGGUUCAGGGGUGCCUGAUUGUCCCGUAACGGGAGCAACGUCAGCUCACACAUCAGCCUCUCAGAGCAGAGCGGAACAAACGGCAACUCCGGAAGCUCCUAGGGCAAGCAGCAACUCCAUCUCAGGACCCAGCUCUCCAGAGAGCCCAGCCGAGGUGCAGACACAAUCUCAAGCAGAGGCAGCAGCUUUUGCUACCAGUGGUAGUGGGGAGCAGGAGGUGGUCCCCACAGAAGAAACAUUCCCAAAGACCGACAAUUGUGAAGAUGGGCCCUUAGACCUCCAGGCAGUGCACUCAGACAAGGAGUUGGAGACUUUGGGGUUGGACAGGCUAAAGGCAGAACUGAUUGCACGGGGGAUGAAGUGUGGGGGAACCCUGUCCGAGCGCGCUACUCGCCUUUUCUCCACCGUAGGGCUUUCUGCAGAGGACAUCGAUCCUGCCCUAUUGGCCAAACCCAGCAAGAAGCAAUGACUGCCUAGUGCCUAUUACAGCACCGUAUAAUAUUGAGUCUUCUGCUAAGUGGACUCCUGAUAUAACUAUGCCAUGUGCCCCAGAUUCAAAGUGUGAUUAUUUUUGUUUGCCCUAUAUAGUGGACACACUUAAAGAUUGUCCCAGCUAUUGGAUAUAUCCCAGAAUUCUCCUGUUCUCAAUGUAUUUCUGACAUUUUUUUCUAGAGUAGAUUUUACUUUUUGAAAUUCUAAAGUCAAUGUACUGUCCCUUAUGUUUGAUGAAAUGUCACAAAUUAAAUGAACUUUCUCUAUCACAGUAGCUAGGUUUUUAUCCAAUUGGUGACAGAUUUUCAUGCAAAUUUUCUAAAACGAUAUGUGCAUUUUUCAACUAGAGAUGUUACCAUCACGUGACUCCAAGUUUACAUUGAUAUGAUGGUUAUUAUAUUAACAUUUGAGUAUGAAGGUGUUUCCACUGCCAUUUCUCGUGUAAUUAAUUUUCCAGAAAUACAGUGUUCCCACCUUGUCUUGCCUUUUGUUGACAUUUGGAAAGUUAACACAAUUUGCUGUUUCCAAAAGGCCUGUUGUGACUUUUUUUUAAAAUUCAACGCUCUUUACUCACAUAAAAAGGUUGAAUGGCAACCUGGUUAGUGAGUGGUUGUUCUCACAACCAACAUCUUUUUAGGACAGAGAAAUUCUUUGCCUUAAAAAUUAGGUUCGUAACUCUGGAAAUGGCUAUCUUGUUGUUCUGUGGUCUUAUAUGUACCUAUGUUCCUUUUGUGGAUAUAUGGUUGAAUAAAAGGACUUACUCUAUUGUUUUAAGCUCAAA